CGGGCGGGCUGGCGGCAGGGCAGCCGCGCGCCGGGACCAUGCCGCGCUCCUUCCUGGUGGACUCGCUGGUGGUGCGCGAGGCGGCGGCCGAGAAGAAGGCGCCCGAGGGCAGCCCGCCGCCGCUCUUCCCCUACGCGGUGCCCCCGCCGCACGCGCUGCACGGCCUGUCGCCCGGCGCCUGCCACGCGCGCAAGGCCGGGCUGCUGUGCGUGUGCCCGCUGUGCGUCACCGCCUCGCAGCUGCACGGCCCGCCCGGGCCGCCCGCGCUGCCGCUGCUCAAGGCGUCCUUCCCGCCCUUCGGCUCCCAGUACUGCCACGCGCCCCUGGGCCGCCAGCAUUCGGCCGUGUCGCCCGGGGUGGCUCAUGGCCCGGCCGCUACGCUUUACCACACCUCCUACCCGCUACCCGAUCCCAGACAGUUCCACUGCAUCUCUGUGGACAGCAGCUCGAACCCGCUGCCCAGCAGCAAGAGGAUGCGCACCGCCUUCACCAGCACGCAGCUGCUGGAGCUGGAGCGCGAGUUCGCCUCCAACAUGUACCUGUCGCGCCUGCGGCGCAUCGAGAUCGCGACCUACCUGAAUCUGUCCGAGAAGCAGGUGAAGAUCUGGUUCCAGAACCGCCGGGUGAAGCACAAGAAGGAGGGCAAGAGCAGCGGCCACCGCGGCGGCGGCGGCGGCGGCGGCGCGGGGACCGGCGGGGGCCUGCCACAAGGCUGCAAGUGCGCCUCGCUCUCCUCCGCCAAGUGCUCCGAGGAUGAUGACGAGUUGCCCAUGUCUCCGUCCUCCUCGGGGAAGGACGACCGGGAUCUCACGGUCACCCCCUAGGCGC